AUGGCGACAGGACUACCAUCCCAGCCUAUAGUAGAGGGAGAAACACCCAGAACAAUCACGCUUCACAUACUCUGCCAGUCUCUACCCCCUCCAAGCCGGUUUACACUCGAGAACGUUCCACUCUCCUCCACAGUCGGACAGCUCAAGAGCCGGAUCGAACAGUCUUUUCCGAACAACCCUCAAGUAUCACACCAGAGGCUCAUCUACCGAGGGAAGCCUCUAACCGUCGAUGACGCAACACUCGGGGUAGUGGUCUCAUCUAUCGAGGAAGGCACUGAUAGUAUGCACCUUGUGCUACCGCCUGAGCCAGCACACACAGAAGUACCUAUUGUCUCUGAGAUGCCGCAAGAUUCGCCUUUCGGAAAUUCUGCCCAAGCUUCCGGUUCCUCCUCCACAUGGUUGGAUCACUCCAAUCCCGAUACGUCGGUGCCUGCGGCCAGUGUGUCCUCAUACUCUAGCAUUCCUAGAACAAUCGGUGCCACUUCAGCUUCUCCGCACAUGAUAAUCAAUCAAUACGUCAACACCUCUUUGCCUAACCGACACUCAGCAACUACAAAUGCACCAGAAGCUGAUAGUACAGAAUCAUCUCAGCGUAUUCUCACUUUACGACGUUACAUCGAGGAGAUUGAGGGACAAUUGGACCGACGUCUCAUGCCAUCCAUGGAGAGUAUCAUUCAUAUACGGAACCAGAUUCUUGGAAUCCAAGAUGCACGGCCUGCGACACAGCUUCCUCUGCCCGGUGUUGCAGAACUGCUUGCCCGUAUUCUUGAUGUUCAACAACGCGCCCGUCUAAUGGAAUAUAUGCAGCAACAGCAUUCGCAGGCAAGCAUUCUAGCCCAGGCCCCUAUUGCUACCCAAACAAAUGUCUCGAACACGCUCGCGCCAAACUCCACUCAGCUCUUCAUGCUGACCUCGCCAACGGGAGAAAACCUUCUCGUGAGACCAACCUGCGUAGCCCGCCCCAGAACGCAGCAGGCGGGCUCGCCCAAUACAGCCCCUGAUAACCAAACCGGCGCGCCUCAAGUACCCCACGCACCUCAAGCACCUCAAGCACCCAACCAAAACGCAGCGGUAGUCCAGAAUGCCAUCCGCCAAGCAAUGCUCAACCAGCAGCGCCGAGGCAACAACGUCGAGCAUGCCGGUCUGGCGCGACAUAUCCGCCGCAUCUGGCUGUUCACCCGUUUGUGGCUCUUCUGCUACCUCACCAGCGCCCCUGGCACCUGGAGACGUUACAUCUUCGUCAGCAUUGCCUUGUUGGUAACAUUCUUUUCCGAGACCAGUAUCCCGCGGCAGUUUGCGACUACGAUUAUUGGUCCCAUCCAACGACAUCUCGAGGGCCUCACCCAUGCAGGUGGCCCGGCAGAUCGAGCCACCCAGAAUGGAGCCAAUAAUGCUGCUGCGGAGUUCAGCAUUUGGGACCAAAUAUGCCGCGCGGAGCGAGCUCUUGUUUUUCUUUUUGCGAGUCUAGUUCCCGGUCUUGGUGAGCGGCAUGUCCAGGCUCGCACUGCGGCGGACCAAGCUUUCUUGGCUGAACAGGAGCGUCAGGCGCGGGAACGUCAGGAGCAGGAGCAGGAGCAGGUACCGGAACGGGAGCGCCAGGAACUGGAACAGACUCAAACUGGUGUGGCGGAGGGUGCGGAGAGUGCAGGUACUGAACAGGAGGGGAUCUCAGAUACGCAUGCACAGUCUGGACAAGGAAACUGA